AUCACCACGUUUAUACCAGACUGAAACUUGUCGUAUUUGAUCACCACCACUCUUCGUCACCUUCUCCAUAGGCUUUAUAAGCCGGUCAGUUCACCGCGUCUCCAGUCAACCACUAAUAAUCCAUCAGCUUUACCAGCUUCGUUGCUGAAGAACACGCUUAGUGCACCAGUGCGCCGUAGAGAAGAACGCGAAGAAGUACAAGAAGAAAAUGAAGGUUUUCGUUGUGUUCUCUUUGGUUCUCGUCUUCGCCUUGGCCGAAGACAAGAAGGAAGACAGCGCCGCGGCGCCUGCCAGCCCCGUAGCCGAGGAGAGACAGAAAAUUUUCAGGCGACUUAUCCCAGCUGAUGUUCUCAGAGAUUUCCCUGGAAUGUGCUUUGCAAGCACAAGAUGUGCUACCGUGGAACCAGGUAAGACAUGGGAUUUGACUCCAUUCUGUGGACGCUCCACCUGCGUUCUUUCUGAAGACAAACCCCCAAGGCUUCUCGAACUCGUUGAAGACUGUGGACCACUUCCUCUCGCUAACCCCAAAUGCAAACUGGAUGAGGAAAGAACCAACAAAACUGCUCCUUUCCCUGGUUGCUGCCCCAACUUUGUAUGUGAAGAUGGUGUUAAAUUGGAAUACCCCGAAAUCCCAACGGUGGCACCGCUACCCGCUGAAGUAAAUGAAUCGACCACCAGUUCUGCCGCUGCUAAGGCUUAAUAAAACCCAUUUUUUCAAAUCUUAUCUUAAUUUCUAUUAUCUUCCAUUCCUUCCGCUUUUCUUCGCAAUUAAUAAUCAAUGAGCAGGGGUUGACUCACCGGAUUUUUUUCGAAUAAAAGAGAAAAAGCACGACAUUGUGUAGAUUGAGGCUAUAUUUUAAGACCAUCAGGAUAAUUUAGUAUUUAGAACACCCUGUCUUAAAAAAAAAGGGAAAUAAAG